AGGAUGGAAUGAAAGGAGAAAAAUCAGACGUCGGAGGAGGUAAAAGCUUCCAGUAGAUGGCAGUGGAGUGAAACAGUACAACGUGAAUGAUGGAAGGGGGAGGGAGAAGAAGCAUACAAGCCCCCUGUGCUUGUGUAGUGAUCAGUGUUGUUCCUGACGGCUGCGGUACAUGUUGAUUCAAGCAGAGAGCUGGCCGCAGCUGUGUUGGCUCAGUCAGCGGUUAAUGUGCUGUUUCACACAGGGUUUGUUGAACAGCGCUUUUCCUCCCCGUAACAUUUCUAACGGUUCAAGAUGACGACUUCGUGGAGCGACCGUUUGCAGAACUAUGCCGACCUACCAGCCAACAUGGACGGAGUGGCCAUGAAGAAGUAUCGACGUGAAGCUCACCACAGAGUGUUUGUCAACCGAAGCUUGGCCAUGGAGAAGAUCAAGUGUUUUGGUUUUGAUAUGGAUUACACUCUGGCAGUGUAUAAAUCUCCUGAGUAUGAGUCGCUGGGCUUUGACUUGACAGUGGAGCGCCUGGUGUCCAUUGGAUAUCCACAAGAGCUACUUAACUUUGUCUACGAUCCCUCCUUCCCUACCAGAGGCCUGGUGUUCGACACAAUGUAUGGAAACCUGCUAAAAGUGGAUGCGUAUGGGAACAUUCUGGUGUGUGUGCACGGGUUCAACUUCUUAAGGGGACCUGACAUUAGAGAGAUGUACCCUAACAAAUUUAUUCAACGUGGAGACACAGACCGCUUUUACAUCCUCAACACACUCUUCAACCUGCCUGAAACCUACCUGUUUGCUUGCUUGGUUGAUUUCUUCAGUAACUGCUCCAGAUACUCAAGUUGUGAGACUGGCUUCAAAGAUGGCGACCUUUUCAUGUCCUACAAGAGCAUGUUCCAGGAUGUCCGAGACGCUGUGGACUGGGUUCAUUUCAAGGGGUCCUUAAAAGAAAAAACUGUUGAAAAUCUGGAGAAGUAUGUGGUAAAGGAUCCAAAACUUCCCCUCCUCCUCAGUCGCAUGAAUGAAGUAGCCAAAGUAUUUCUGGCUACCAACAGUGAUUACAAAUACACAGAGAAAAUUAUGACCUACCUAUUUGACUUUCCUCAUGGCCCUAAGCCAGGCACAACCCACCGGCCCUGGCAGUCCUACUUUGACCUAAUCCUGGUGGAUGCCCGCAAGCCUGUGUUCUUUGGAGAAGGAACAGUGCUGCGGCAGGUCGACACUACCACAGGUCGACUGAAGAUUGGCACAUACACUGGACCGCUCCAGCAUGGCAUUGUUUACUCCGGAGGUUCUUCAGACAUUGUGUGCGACUUGCUGGGUGCUAAAGGAAAGGACAUUGUCUACAUUGGAGACCACAUUUUCGGUGACAUUCUCAAAUCCAAGAAGCGCCAGGGUUGGAGGACUUUCCUGGUGAUACCGGAGCUGGCCCAGGAGCUGCAUGUGUGGACUGAUAAGAGCUCCAUAUUUGAGGAGCUUCAGUCUCUGGACUGCUUCCUGGCAGAGCUUUACAAGCAUCUGGACAGCAGCAGCAAUGAGAGGCCUGACAUUAGUUCCCUGCAAAGACGAAUAAAGAAAGUCACCCAUGACAUGGACAUGUGCUACGGCAUGAUGGGAAGCCUGUUUCGCAGUGGCUCCCGUCAGACACUGUUUGCCUCACAAGUGAUGCGUUAUGCUGACCUCUAUGCUGCCUCCUUCAUCAACCUGCUUUACUACCCCUUCAGCUAUCUGUUCAGAGCUGCACAUGUACUGAUGCCUCACGAGUCAACGGUGGAGCACACCCAUGUCAACAUCAUCGACACAGAGUCUCCACUGGCCACACGAAACCGUCACGAUGUCGACUUUAAGGAGAUAGAGUGCAAGCGGCACCAGCUGACUCGAUCCAUCAGUGAGAUCCAGCCCCCCCACUUCUUCCCUCAGACUCCACAGGAGAUCACCCACUGCCACGAUGAGGAUGAUGACGAGGAGGAGGAAGAAGAGGAGUAAAUGGGGGGAGAAGAGGAGACUGCAGAUGAGUCUUAGUCUCACAUCCAGGUCAUCCAGUUUUUAUGUUUGAAGUUGGUCUUUUCUUUGGUGAAUAACUAGAGCUGAGUCUGGCUCUCACAUCCACUUGCUGACUUAUUUAUCCAUUUUUACAUAUAGAAGAACAGGAACACUGUGCCUACCAGUCUAGACAUGGUCUUGUACAUGACAGGGACUACUGUAGAUUCAAGAGGUCUUGCUACAUCCCUGGUAACUGUACCUGCUCAAAAGUAAACCAGAACUUUAAAGUGAGUUUAAAUUCCUGACUGUCACUUGUAUUAGAUCCAGGCAGUCAGAUAGUGAAGUUGAAAUUGACACAGAUGUGAAUAAGUUGGGUACACAAAGUGAAAGAGAAGAACUACCUUACUCAGGUAGAGCAGCUGUUUGUUGUUGGGUUCUGAUGGGUUUGUUUCAUUUUCUGUUUUUGUUUGGGCUUCAUUCAGUUUAUCAGAGCCAGACUGCAGUAUGCUUUUACUCAUACCCUGCAGCUUACUGCUGCACCAUACCUCUAACAUGCAUGAUGCUGAGUUGAAGUUUAAUCUUAACCUAGCGUAAAGGAACAGUCCCCCCUAAAACUCUGUAACGCCGUUCAGAGUCACACAUUUGUCACAUACUUUGUAUUUUUGGGGCCAUGUUAUUUUUUGAGGUGUCAUUUUUUCCACUUCCAAAGAGUAGUGGUCAGUGAUAUGUGUGUGGGGUAUUAGAGCACAAGUUGAAUUCAACAGAAGAAAUACUUACCUAAAGCAUUCACAGUGAAUGUCUGGUGGUGUGAGAUUGAUGUUUCUCAAACGAAUGCAAUGCAACAAGAACACAAGGCAUUUGCAUCAUGGGUUUUUACUUUGAGAAAAUUGAACUGUAGUGUGUAUAUUAAAUGCAGCUGCUGAAACUAGAGUCAGCCAUAAACAGUUUUGCCAGCUUUACUUAGUUACCUUGUACUUCCCCUCACAGUGUUGAAAACCAGGACCACAUAUCUCCUAUUCCACAGAAUCAGAAAGACCUGGGGCCAAGGUGAUCACCCUGAAGUCCCCACUGUCAUAAUGAUUGGCUACAUUAUGUGUAUUUUAAAUUACUGCAGAAGUAAUGUAGAUAUUUUACCCUGCACAGUGAGUGAUCACAACAGACGGUGAAACGGUUAUUGCCUUAUUCAUCUGGGAUUGAGCUGUAAGUCAGAUUCAAAAGGUAGACAUGGUCACAGUUUAGAUGAUCUCAUACUUAUGAGACAGUAAGCAAGUCAAAAUAUAGACUUUCUGUCUAUUAUCAUUUUUGACAAUUUCAUUCAAGUUCUUAUUUCUGUUUAUAAUUUUGUGUAUGUAUUUUUCCAGGCUGAGAUUCAGCCUGUUCUCUGUCUGCUGUAAACAUGCUGUUACUGUAAUUGGAAAAGUGGAUUGUACUGCUGAUGAGUAUCACUGUAGGCCUGUCUCUGUAUGCGCUAAUGUCAUUACAGAUACUGCCAGCAUAUGCAAUAGUGUCUUUUAGUAAAUUUCAGAGUUGAUAAGGUUGUUUUUCUUGGAUUAUUGAGUUUUAAUGUUAACUGUCCUUAUCUUUAAGGACUGAGGUCCUUAAAGAUAAGGUCUGAUCUGUUGGAAUGAUGCACUGUAUUGAUCCUUAGAUGAGAUUAACUGUUGCCCUUGAAAAUCUGUCAAGCCAACCUUGUCCUUACAGGCUGUGUGAUUCUGCUGGUUUGUGUGUUACAGCCUCACACAGAAGGUUACUCAUUUAAUUUGUUGGAGUUGCCUUGACCCUCUUUGGACUGAUGAGCUGUAUCAUUUCUCUCCUUGUUGUGGGUCAAAGGUUAAAAUGUCCUGCUAAAGGUGAGAUCUGCUCUCAAAUGGACAGCUGACAGUGUUGCUUGACUUAUUCUGCCCUGUUGCACCUUGAGAUAUUUAUCUUGUUGUUUGAGUAUGGGAGCAAUAGUGCAUUACUGCUGCUGUUGAAAGACAAAGGUUUCAGAGUGGGCCAUGUUUCAGUGUGGAUGCCCCCAGAGUGAGCAGUGCCAAUGAUUUAAAACAUUUUCUUUCUCAAGUCACUUCAGAACCUUUGUGCAUGCCUGUUUUAAUGACUGAUUACUGUCAGCUGCUUUGAGUUUUUAGCAGUUAAUGCAUGUGUUGCAUUUUUCUUUUAAAUGUUGCGUCUGUGUUGAAAGUUGCAAAGCUGAGAUGGUUUGAGUCAUGACUGAUGUUUGUAAUAAAUUUUCUGAUGCGA